UGCACUGGGAAAGUGGGCCAAGGCUGCCAAGUAAAGUGAGAUCUGGGGAGCCCCUAAAUGCACAUCAAGCAAUUACUGGGGACAACCAGAGAAGAAAGCAGGGAUGGGGGUGAAGGUCAGAGGUUUAAAAGGAGUGCACCAAGAGGGCACGGGCAGCAGAGCAGUGCCCAGGGGCCCUCGAGUAAGUCUAAGGAGCCAGUGGCCGCUGCUCAGUGAAGCUCUGGCCACAGACGUCAGGGGACCAGGGACAGGAAGGCGGCUCGGCAGUCCCCGGCCCCCCGGUACCAGCGCCUUUCUUGGGGAGAUGCACUGUUUACAAGGGAGAAGUUCAUUUCUAUCAUUUCCAAAACUACGUAGUAUAUUUUGGAGGCUUCAUCAUACAACAGCAUCACAAGCAUGCAGCUGUAGCAAAACGGUUAGCGAUGAAAAAUAUCAGGACCCUUUUAAACUUGGUAGCAAAGACCUGGAGAAUCUCUAUGAGGAUAUUAAAAAGGAACUACUUGUAUGUACAGCAGAACUUAGGGAAAUGUGUGAAUAUUACUUUGAUGGAAGAGGGAAAGCCUUUCGACCAAUGAUCGUGGUGCUAAUGGCAAGGGCAUGCAACAUUCAUUACAAUAACUCCAGGAAGUUCACUUUAUUGUGGCUGCUGAAAGGAAAAUGGGAAGUACAGGCAAGCCAACGCUCCGUGGCCAUAAUUACAGAGAUGAUUCACACUGCUAGUCUAGUUCAUGAUGAUGUUAUUGAUGAAGCAAAUUCUCGGCGAGGAAAAAUGACAGUUAAUCAAAUCUGGGGAGAGAGAAAGGCUGUACUAGCUGGUGAUUUCAUCCUGUCUUCAGCUUCUUUAGCUUUAGCACGGAUAGGAAACACUAAUAUUGUAUCAGUUUUAACUCAGGUGAUUGAAGAUUUGGUGCGUGGUGAAUUCCUUCAGCUGGGCUCCAAAGAAAAUGAAAAUGAGAGAUUUGCUCACUACCUCGAGAAGACAUUUAAGAAGACUGCAAGUCUUAUAGCGAACAGUUGUAAAGCAGUUUCCAUUCUGGGCUGCCCUGAUCCAAAAAUUCAUGAGAUUGCAUAUCAGUAUGGAAAAAAUGUUGGCAUAGCUUUUCAGCUAAUAGACGAUGUGCUGGAUUUUACAUCGUGUGCUGACCAAAUGGGGAAGCCAACAGCAGCAGAUCUCAAGCUUGGAUUGGCCACAGGCCCAGUUUUAUUUGCUUGCCGACAGUUUCCAGAAAUUAAUGCUAUGAUAAUGAGGAGAUUCAGUUUGCCAGGAGAUGUUGAACGUGCACGGGAAUAUGUACUCCAGAGUGAUGGCGUGCAGCAGACAAACUACCUCGCCCAACGCUACUGUCAUGAAGCAAUGAAAGAGAUCAGUAAACUGCGACCUUCCCCUGAAAGAGAUGCCCUCAUUCAGCUCACAGAAAUGGUACUUACCAGAGACAAGUGACAAACUCCUUCCACUAGUUCUGGCGGCAGCUAUGUACCAGAUGGUGCCUACAUUUCCUUUUGGAACAUUGUGGUUUGCUUCCAGUGCAGGUUACCAAAAAUUAUUUUUUUUAAAAAAAGGAAAAAGAAAGACCCCACUGGAGUUGCACUUUUUUUUAAAAAAAAGUUGAGAUGUUUUAUUGAAGGAAGCCAUACACCUGUGAAAUCAAUCAAUCCAUUUAUUAAAUUCUAUUCAUGCUGUAUAAUGUUUUAAUGAAAACUUUGAUGUUGUGUGGGGCAUUGUUUACACUUAAUGUUAAUGCACAAGGCCACAAUAAAAAUAAAUAUAAUCAAUGUAUUAAAAUGAA